AUGGAGAAUUUCGUAAAAGCUCAAGAAGCUCUGCGCCAACCUAUCGCAAACGCAUUUGCUAAUUUUAAGAAAGUAGGGCAGAGUAAGAUGACAAAGGGCUUAGCUAAAUCUCACAUCGCUCGACUUAACGAGAGGUAUGAUCGGUUAAAACAGAAUCAUGGAAAUAUUAGCAAGGCCCGAGAUUACGAUUCCCAACAUGUUUAUGUAACUUCAGAUCUUUUUGAGACUAUUUCAGAUGAAUAUUAUAACUCCUUAGGGGCUUUUAACGACUUCAUGGAGCAAUUUGAAACCCCCGCCUUAUUGGACGAGUCGCUAUUGAAUCGAACGGGUCAAGCUCCCAGCUCAUUCAACCCCCUCCCAAAAGUAGAUAUUCCAAAUUUUUCAGGUGAUUUAAAUGAUUGGGAGCCGUUUAAAGAUUUAUUUCGCUCCAUGAUUCACCGUCGCACUGACAUAACUCCUGUAGUCAAGUUUCAUCAUCUCCGCUUUCAUCUUAGUGGCGAAUCGGCUGAGUUAAUUAAAAGCUUGCUGAUUACAGUUGAUAAUUACGAGGUAGCUUGGGACAUUCUUACGAAAAAUUAUGGUAGUCAAAGAUGA